AUGCCGGCCGCAGGCACCGGCGCGUCUGUCUGUCCGUCCGCCGCCCCGCUGCCGGCCCCUGCCCCCGCCACUGCCCCGGGCCGCGGAGCCGCGCGCUCGCCCCCGCCCCGGCGCGUUCCCACAGCCGGCGGCAGCGCGUGGGCGUCACACGGGCGGGUCACCCCCGCCGGCCGCGCGCCGCGCCCCCGCCCCGCCCGGCCACGCCCCUGCCGCCCCGCCCGCCAAUCGCGGGCGAGCAGUUCCCGGCGCGGGCCAAUGAGCGCGCGGGCCCCGAGCGGCCGCGCGCCCGCGGACGGGGGCGUGGUGCGCGCGACCAACGGCGCGGCGGAGCGGCGGGCGCGGCAGCCAAUGGCGCAGCGACAAGACUGCGGCCGGCGCGCGCCGCCCCGCCCCGGCCCGACCUCAGGGAGGGACCCAUGGCGGCCCCGGCACCGCGGCCGGGAUGGCGGGCUCGGACAGCGGGUCCGGGGACAGCACGGCCCAGGGUGCCUGUUCGGUGACGACAGGUCAGAACGCACUCUGGGAAAACAGAACCUCACAGCUCUGGGCGGCCGCACCGAGGACGCUGGUGCUUGCCGUAGAUCGGCCCCGGAGCGCUCAUCAGCCGGCGUUUCUAAGCUUUUCAAUGAGAUGUGGGAUGCAGAUGUUCACUGCCUUAGGCCUGGGAAAGAUUACACAACUGAUGUGCAGGGAAAAGCAGGUCCAGCACAGCAAGGUGACACUGCUGUCCAAGGCAAUGCAGCCAGACAUCUGUUUCACAAUGUAAAUGAAGAACGCCUGAGGAGCAUAAAAACUUUUGCAACCUUUAUUUCCUUGUUGGACAACUAUAAGACAACAACUGGUGUAGCAGAAGUAGUGACUCCGGAAGAAAUAGUUGAAAACAAUUGUUUCCUUGAUGCUAUCUUAGCAACAGAAGUCAUGAGACUAGCUCAUGACUAUCUGCUGAAAAAAAACCUAGCAAAGCCAAACCUUGCUGAUUUCAAACAUCAGCUUUAUGACAUCUGGUUCCAGCUCUAUGCCUGGAAAGAAGGAGACAGACAUGAUUCUUGUGGUUUUGAACAUGUCUUUUUUGGAGAAACAAGGCAUGGUAAAGAGAUAGCUUUGCACAACUGGGUGCAAUUUUACCUUCAGAAAAAAUGCAACCAGAUUGAUUACAAGGGAUACGUGGCUUGGAAGAACAAAACCAGGCCUGACAAAGAUGAUCAAGUUUUGAGCAUCCAGUUCAGCUGGAAGGGCUCAGUCAAGCCAACUGGAAGCACUUUUAUUGGUGUCAGCCUGGAGUUCAAAUUUGCCCUUUACACAGUCAUUUUCCUGCUGUCUGAAGAAAGAGUCACACAUGAAACAGUGAAGAUAGAUGAGUAUGAGCUACAGGAGGUUGCCUGGCACCACAUUGGAACAGCAUACCUAGUACUGCUCAGCAGCACUGAAGACUAGUGGAGUGAGCAGGAAACUUUUCUUUUUAAAUUGGGGGAAAGGAGG